UUUUAUCUAUUCAAGGCUUAAUCUCCUAGGUAAUAACUUUGUCAACACCAAAUAAAUAGUUAUUCGAUAACGCCAAAAUAACAGGGUAAAACAAAAUAUGUACCAAUAAUUUUAUUAUUUUCUACAAAAUGGCCAGAAACAAUUUUGUCUAUGAGACAGCCAUUUAAAUGUUGACAGUUGUUUAAAAACUUAAAAAGUAAAGUGACAAAAACGGAACGAAAACUAAAAGAUACCCCGAACUUAUUUUUCUUGAAAUAUUUAUAAUUCAGUAUGGACAAAUAUCAAUUCAUUUAAAAAGUGUAUUGUUUGAUUGGACACUAAAUGAUGAGUGUAUAUUUUAUUUUCAUAGUAUUUGUUAUUGUUUGAUAACAUGUAUACUUUAAAAGGAAUAUUUCCGGAACCGAAAAAGGAACAAAAAAAGAAUUUCAUAAAAGAAAACAUGAAACAGCUGAAGUUAAUUCAGAAUAAGUCACCUAAAGAGCCUAAGUUAACUUUGAAGUCUGCUCAACCGUCACGUCUCACCACUCCGAUAAAUGCAAAUGCACUCGCACAAGUCAAAUCUUCACCAUCGAGCAAAAGCGGUAAGGGUACGUUAAAUGUCGGUAAAACGAGCUUAUCGAAUCGAAAAAAAAUCAGUGAUGUUCGGAUAAAGAAGGGUGAUAUGGCCGAGUUUCUACGAAGGAAAGAGAUGAGGCUGACGAAGCAACCUGAAGAAUCAUCAGGCGAUGAAGCGCAAUCGUCUGGGUCAUCGAGUCGAUUACGAGAUAUUGGCUGCCAAACUAUAGAGUCAAAUUUAGCACAGAGAUUAACUGAGAGCACUAAGCUAACUAUGUUAUAUCCAAUGAAGGAAAGUGAGGACAAUGAAGCUAAGAUGAAAGCUAGCGGAGAUUCAAGGAGUCACAGAAGUCCACCUCGGGCUACCCUUUCACCACGUCGAGCUGGUGAUGAUAUGAUGGAGGAAAAGCACCGGAGUCGUCUGAAUGCCAUUUUAGAUAGAAAGGAUAAUAAAGAUCCAUAUUUACCUCCAGGUUAUCAAAAGGGUGUGCUGCCAAAAUAUCUCCGUGAUAGAAAGGAUAGCACUAAGGAAGUAGAAGAUACCAAAGGUGAUGAUGAUAAUACUAUAUGUCCUCCUCCUGGCCAUGUGACUCUCCCCGACAAUGAAAGGAAAGAAACAUUACGGAUGCUUCGAAAUAGUUUUGCAGAGUUAGUAAGUGAAUUAAACAAAAUGCCAGUGAAAACUGACACAUUAAGAAUGCGAAAUAGAAAAAUGGAGCUAGAGAAGCAACUAGCGAAACUAGAGGAAGGCAUCAAAGUAUUUUCCCGACCAAAAGUGUUUGUUAAGAUAGGAGAGUGAAUUGAUAAACCAAAUAUUUGACAUAUUUAAAUUUAAAUAAUUUAAAAUUACUUGAAAGACAUUAAAUAUAAAUAUAUCUUUAAUACUUAGCUUUGUAACUGGGCAGAAGAUAGUGAAUUUUAUGUAUAUCUAUAUAAACAUGCCUUUUUUUAUCCGUCCAUAUAAAUUUGAAAGUUACCCAAAAUAAAAUGUGAAAUUAUUGUGAUAACUUAACUUUAAUUUAGAUUAAUUGUAUGAUUCUUGUAAUUAUAUAUUUGUAUGGUUUACAGUGAUUCUAUCUUUUGGAAAUUUAAAUAUAUGCAUAUAUUACAUAUAACCAUUUCAUUUUCUAAAUAAAUUAAUAGUUAUGACACUAGAAUUAAUCCUUUAAACUUGUUAAUAUAAAAUUGUAGGUUGUUUUCAGUUAAAAAUCUUUAAAUUUUUAGACA